CCCACCCACGCUGCUGAGCAUGGCCGCCCCUAGCGCGCCGCCCCGCGCACGGGCUCUUCUGCAGCAGUGUUUGGCUUCCCGGCUGCAGGUGAAGCCCCCCGAGCCGGGCUCCGAGGCCGAGUGGGUGGAGGCAUUUCACUGGUAUUACAAGAUGAGGCGAAAGCUAGUCGCUCCACAGCAAAAAAUCCAAAGAGGACUGGUUAUCUACAUAUGCUUCUUCAAAGGAGCCAGUGAGGAACUCAUUCCAAAAAUGGUUAAUACGCUGUUGAAUGUUAAAUUAAGUGAAACUGAAAGUGGAAAGUAUGUUUCUCUUCUGGAUUUACCAGGAAACGUAUUAAUAAUACCCCAAGCUACGCUAGGUGGUAGACUGAAGGGAAGAAAUAUGCAGUACCAUUCCAACAUUGAAAAAGAAAAAGGGAUGGAGCUUUAUUCCCAUUUUGUAACAUUGUGUGAAAAAGAACUGGCUGCUAAUACGAAAUGUGCAGAAGCAGGUGUUGUUGUCAAGUAUGGCACAUAUGGAAACAGACAGGUGUUAAAACUGGAUACAAAUGGACCUUUCACUCAUAUGAUUGAAUUUUGAAAAAUCAAUUUUAUGUAUAGUAUUAUCCAGCAACUGUAGAAUUUCUCAUUUAUAAUGGACAAUGCGCUUAAAUUGAUUGGAAUGUGAAGAAACCGACAUGUUGUUUCAAUAAAUUUACACAAGUGUUGACCAGCCCAUGAAAUACAUUGAUUAUUAAAAAUGAGUCUGACAUUCUCAUGUAUCUUA